AAAGAAAUCAGAGAGUAUUUAAGGAGAAGUCGCCCCACAUCCUGGAGCCGUGUGACUCUCGGCACUGCACACCGCACACUUCUGCGCCAAAAACACCCGCUGCACCUCCAUCCUGCGCGGCUCCGGACGGACGGCGGUGAGGAUGCGGACUUCUCUGGUCGUGUGCUUCUGCGUAUUUGCGCUGCAGUGUUUCCAGAGCAUGCUUGGUGCUCCAGUGCGCGGAGCCGGCAGGUACAAAGCGGCACCGGCCCAUGAGAAGUCCCUGGACCUGAAGAAGAGGGGGAAGGCUCCUCACCCUCAGGGUUCGGUGAAGGAGGAGAGUCCGUCCACCAACGCUUCCAACACAUGGAACCGGCCGCGCUGUGGCGUACCGGACUUCCCCAACCAGAAGGAGCUGCAGUACCGAGGUCGACACCGCCAGAGACGCUUCGUUCUGCAUGGAGGACGUUUCGACAAGAAGGAUCUCACCUACAAGAUCGAACGCUUCCCCUGGCAGAUGGACGAGGAGAAGGUGCGGCGUGUGAUCCGGGAGGCGGUGAAGAUCUGGAGCGAUGUCACACCUCUGACUUUCACCGAGGUCCGCAGAGGGAUUGCCGACAUCCGGAUCGACUUUUCCAGCUACUGGCAUGGAGACAACCUCCCGUUUGACGGUCCAGGUGGGAUUCUAGCUCACGCCUUCUUCCCGAAAACGCAUCGGCAGGGCGACAUUCACUUCGACUACGACGAGUCCUGGACUCUGGGGAACUACAUGGGUACAGACCUUCUGCAGGUCGCCGCCCAUGAGUUCGGGCAUGUCCUGGGCCUGCAGCACUCACGUAAGCCCAAAACCAUCAUGUCUGCUUACUACUCCUUCUCCUACCCACUGAGGCUGAGCGAAGACGACAGACUAGGCAUCCAGUACCUGUACGGAGCUAAACCACAGGUCCUGCCCCCACCGCCAACCCCGGCUCCAAGGGCUCUGGUCCCCAAAACAGAGACCAACGAACUCAAUCCUGACGCCUGUCAGACGGACUUUGACGCCGUGUCGAUGAUCCGAGGGGAGCUGUUCUUCUUUAAGUCGGGCUACGUUUGGAGGAUCAGGGAUCCUGGAGGAUCGGCGCGUCUGGAGAGCGGGUAUCCGGCUCUGGCCUCCCGACACUGGAAGGGGAUCCCGACCAAGAUCGACGCUGCCUUUGAGGACAAGUCAGGGAAUAUUUGGUUUUUUCAAGAUGAUAACUACUGGGUGUUUGACGCUGAGAUGCACAUCAGGGGCCCCGAGUCCAUCAGGCGUUUAGGAUUGUCCACAUCCAGCAUCCAGGCUGCCCUUCGCUGGGGUCACGACCCCAACUACAACAUCUACUUCUUCAAGUCCGGUAGCUACUGGAGGUUCAGUCCCCGUGAGAACCGGGUCGAGUCGCCCCAACCGCGCAGCAUGCAGUACUGGACCGGCAUCCCUCAGGAUGUUGACGCUGCCUUCAGGGACACUCACGGCUUUGCUCAUUUUAUCCGAGGACGUCAGUACUGGAAGUUCGACCCUGUCGGCAUGAACUCGUUGGAAGGUUACCCACGCUACGUCGGUAUGGAUUUCUUUGGGUGCAGGAACGAGUGAGUCUGUGAAGAUUCGCGUACCCUGAUUCCUUUGACGCAAGGAGGAAUUUAUGGAAUAAAAACUGCAGACUCAUGAGGACGAGACGAAUUUUACACUUGUUUAUGCUUCACUGCAUUUAUUGACACUCAGAUCAAUUUAUGCCUUCUUCUCAGGAAAAAAACCCACCUUCCCUCAGAUCUGGCACCUCCUGUGCAGCUCUACUUGUAUUUAUUUUUGCACAUUUUUGUAUCACCAUGAGCCCGAGACCCUGAAUUCAGUCUCGCUUGAGCCAGAAACUGUUUAACAAACUGUUGUUCUCAGUGUGGUCAGUGUUGGAUGUUUCAGUUUGUGUUUUCAUCAACAACACACCUCAGAGUGUUUGAAGAGUGACAUCAGACUCACAGCGGCGGUCAGCGGAGGGUUUAAUUCAGCAAGUAGAUGAUCAUUUCCAGUCAUAUUUCACUGUUUUACAAUCAGAACCAAGAAAAUGGGGUUCAUACUGGAUUUGGACACCUUAAAAAUGAGUCACAGCAAGAAGGUUUUGUAAGGUCCUGCUAUGUUCUUUGCAGAGUCUUAUUGAGAUCUUUGUCAAAUGUUAUUGAUGUCUCUGAAGGGUCAUUUAUGAUAUGUGAAGUCUUGGGGUCUUUACAGAGUCUAGCUAAGGUCUUUCCAAGGUAUUAUUAAGGUGUUUGCAAAGGCUCUAUAAGGUCUGCAGAGAGUGUUGUCAGAGUCAUUGCAAGGUCUUGCUAAGGUAUUUACAGGGUCUUCCUAAGGUCUUCACAGGGUCUUGCUAAGGUAUUCACGGAGUCUUGCUAAGGUCUUUGCAGAGUCUUGCCAAGGUAUUCACGGAGUCUUGCUAAGGUCUUCACGGAGUCUUGCUAAGGUCUUCACGGAGUCUUGCUAAGGUCUUUGCAGAGUCUUGCUAAGGUAUUCACGGAGUCUUGCUUAGGUCUUCACGGAGUCUUGCUAAGGUCUUCACGGAGUCUUGCUAAGGUCUUUGCAGAGUCUUGCUAAGGUCUUUGCAGAGUCUUGCUAAGGUCUUUGCAACAUCUCUUAAGUCUUUACAAAGUCUCCUUAAGGUCUUUACACAGUCUUGUUGAGGUCAUUGCAGAGUUGCUGCAAUUUUGCCAAGUCUUUAACAAGCUAUCUGAAGUUUGACUCCAGUUAGCUUGGGUCUAGAGAUUAGCAUCCGUUCUAAACCAGGCUCCUGUUUAUUUUAUUUUUUCAGUUAGUUGUUCUUUGAUUUAAUUAGCUCAGUUGCUUUAACGGCUGACAUUUUCAUCCCAGUUAGAACAAAGCAUCUAAAAAAAAUCCCAUUUAAAUUUUACUUUCUGAUGCUGUUUUAGUUUUUUUCCUGCCUGGUAUCAAAACAAGCAUUAAAAAAAGCUAACCCAGGGAACAGCAGACGGUUACUUCAGGUCUAACCAUGGAGACGUUGCACGUCAGAUUUCUAUAUUUUUCCAGGAACUCUGUGUGGCUUUGUUUGGACCACUUCAACUGAUUUUAACCUCUGUCUGUAGAAGUUCAUAUGUUCUGUUUUUGUGAUUCAUGAUUUCCAAAAACAGGAAAACAGAUCAAGUUGCAUUUAAUCAGCGCCUGAGGUUCAGUGUUUCUCCUUUAACCUAAGACACAAAUAUGCGAAAAAUCUGGUCCUAGAUGCAAAACCCGGAGUAAAUAUUUAUUUCUCUAAGGGCUUGUUACACUUUUCUAACAUCUUUGUUGAUUGAGAAAGAGAUUAAUGUUUCAAGUUUGGACGUGAAUUGAACAACAGAGGAGGGACUUUGUUUGCUUUUACCAGAGAUCCUCAUCUAGUUAUGUUCCUAUUUGAACUUGAAUAUUUUCCUCUUUUAAAUUUAAAAUAAGAAUAAAACUCGAUUCUGCUGCAGCUGCUAAUGUCUGAUCUCACUCUUCUCACAUCAUGGUCGCAGAAGAAGCUGCAGUGCGCCAUCUAGUGGCCGGAACGGACCCCGAUGACGUCACUGCACAUCGCUCAAACGGGGCUCUGUGUUUUCCGUUAGUCGGUGAUGCAUUCAGGGACCGCAGCGGUUCUCCACCACUGGGUAAAUUAGUGGUAAACUAGUUCUGGUAAACUGAAAUUAAAAAACAAAUAAAACCUAAAAAUUGAAAAAUAAUAUUCUCCUGAAUUCAACUGGAGAAAUUCAAAGAUUUUAACAUUGUUAUUUUGAAAGUCAGAAUGAACUUUUUUUUAACUGCUAGCUAUUUGGUCUUGUUUUUCCUGUGCAAAAGUCUUGAGACAUUUACUUUUCAUUUACUAUUGUAGCCUCAAGCUGUCUUCAUUGGGGAAACAAUCACUUAAUCAGAUUUUAAAUGUUAUUUUAUGGUUCUCAAAAUAAAAGCAACAAAUGUUUGAUUGACUAAGAAGAAAACUUUAUUUUAAAUUUGUUAUUAUUUUAACUUUUCAAUCCCUGCAGCGGUCAUCUGUGAUCUAAUAACAGUGGUGUUAAGCUUUCUGAGUGGCAGAAAGACAAUCAAUUUUGGGAAAAUGUUCUUUUAAAAGAAAGCAAAAAAAAUUGCUGGAUAAAAUUUAUAAAAGCCAAUGUUUGUAUGAAUUAGUUUGCUUUCAAGUUUCUACUCAAGUUAGUUUUUUUAUGGUGAAAUUAUGUUAUUUUUUUAAUCAAACUUUCAGCAUUGUGACUCCAUCCAUGCAGCAUCCUAUGAAGUCUAAAGGGACAAAUGUAGUAUUUUACCAAUAAAUAAAUCUCUUAAUAGUUGUAUUUUAUAAAUUUAUCUGAAUUCAGGCACAGGAGUAAAAAAGAACUCCAAAAAAUAGCUUUUAAAGAGGCAGUAUUUACAAACCUGGAUUGUUGCCUUCAUUCUUUCAUGCAUGUUUGUGAAAUCCUUUCAUCUCCAUGGCAACCAUUCAGCUGUGCAAAAUGCCUCGGUGAACGCACCUCAAAGCAGCUCCUCCUCAGAGCUGCAGUUUCCAAAUUUUCAAGCAUCUGCCACAACUCAGCUCCUUCAGACUAGCCACCAGCAAUUAGCAAAUUAGUAUGUGAGCUCAUUAAAGGAGCUGCUUCUCAGUGAAACGCUGGUUGUUAAAGGGUUAAUAGAGGAGCCAUGUUGUGGUCAGAAAGAGCAGGAGUUUCUUAAAAAGACAGAGACCCAAUUUCGAGGUGUUAAAUUAUAAAAUCAAAUCUCUUUUAAGUCAUAUUUGAUAUAUUUUGCAUUUUUAUAACAACUGUAACAUAGUUACUUGAUUAUGCUAUAAGACGGCUAACAAAAUACAUAAUGCUGCUUCUUUGCAGACUUAGAAAGUUUCAGGGAAUGUCAGGCUGCUUUGAAGGAAAAUACAAAGAAAACUGAGCUGGAUUAAGACUUUUGCACAGAUUGCUGAACUCCUGAUGAAUAAUCUCGGAUUGCAGCCUUUUUGGAGAACCGCUGCUCCUCAGCUUUGCAUCUUUUCUUGCUGCAGCACUUGAACUCUGAAGGUUCGGCCCAGACCGUCGUGUUCAUCGUCGUUCUCCUCAGUGCAGGACGCUGACGAGUCGUUUCUGUUUUUAUCGUAAAGACUUUGCUGUUUUCCUUACAACCUGCUGUGUCUGACUCAGUUGAUCUCAUUUAUCAGACUUCUUCCAACAUGUUUAUGCACAAACAGCAAAGCUUUUUGUACAUAACUGUUCUAAUUCUGUAUACUUAACCAAAUGUAGGCUAUAACCUGUAAAAAUGUAGGAACUGUGUACGUUUUUUCCUGUUUUUCUGAGUUACUUUGAAUAAAUCUUUUACCUUCUUA